AAACUUCAAUUCCAAGUUUGGAACAUAUCCACCCAAACCUGACUCUCUUAUCCGUGAUUGGCGGGCGUUUUUGCAACCAUGAAGCCCAUCGAUCAUUAUCGUCCCAUCUUUAUGGGGUGGGUUGGCUUUUUAGUGUUCAGUUUCACCUUUCUUCCUUUUGGCCAAUCGGCUUCUCUUGGACGGCCUUUCCUCACCAUAUUCUCCGAUCAAAGCCAGGCCAAGCUUGUCAAGGAUUGCCAAGAAGAUGACAUUCAGUCUUGUCAAUUGGUGAGCGUGGAUUUUGACGCUCUGAGAGAGGCUCAAACCUUUUUGGUCCCGAACAGCCAUUCCGUUCUGUUGGAACGCGUCACCAAGAUUGACGGAGACGAUGACUCAAUCGACUCCUAUUUCUAUCAGGAUCAAUUUGGGAGUACGGCCAUCUUGACAGUGACAGGUCCAGCGUCGAGGUAUCCUCGACUAACUGCCACCAUUACUCUCCACCAUAAACAUGCCAAACCUGCCGAGACACUUCAUUACAUCGAAAACUGUGGCAUAGAUUGUCACGUGUACAUUGUGGAAGGGUCCGACAAAAAAGAGUCAAUCAUGGAUGGCGUUCAACCAGACGAAUCCGAAACCGAAGGAGCCGUCUCCGAAGAGGACGCAGAAUUGGGGAAUGAUGAUGAUGAUGAUGAUGACGAUCAAAUGGAUGACCGUCAAUCAUCCCAAAGUCCGACCAUUAUCAACGUCAUGUUCUAUUACACGGAUGAAUUCGAGGACGUGACCUCGGAUAUUGUUGGAUAUGUCAAUCAACAAAUCAUGGCCACCAAUCUGGGGUACCAGAUGAGCAAUAUUAACUUGAAGGCCCGGGUGUUUUGCAUCGAGAAAAUUGCCAACUUUCGCGAGUCAGGCUCACCAAUCUCACUUCUUCAAAACUUUGCCAGACUUAAACGAAGCCGGAACAGCGCCGACAUCGCAAUUCUACUCUUGUCCAAAGUAAAGGACCGAGUUUGUGGCAUUGCUUACACGGAUGCAUUGAGAACCAGAAGUCGAUUGUCGUUCGGUUGGAUUGCCAAAGGCUGCCCAAGUCAUACGCUGGGGCACGAGAUUGGCCAUACUUUUGGGGCUCUGCAUAACCGAGAAAUUUCUCAAGGCAGCGUACCCCGGGGGGGAUAUGCUUAUGGGAACUUGAUCACAUUGGAGAAUGGAACCCCAAGCGGACGUCACUCCAUCAUGGCUUACACUGCCCCGAACUACGAAUUGACCGUGAAUUGCUAUUCGGGUCCCGAUGUGAUUUGCCAAGGUCUCGUAACGGGCGACCACAGGAAUGAUGUUAAGCGCGUCUUGGUGGGCCGCAAAUUGGGAAUGAGUCGCAUUGGAAAUGAACGCAACGCCUGUAGGGGGCUUUCAGCCACAACGACCACCACAACCACUUCAACUACAACAAGCACAAGCACAACCACAAGCUUGGCAAUUGAGUCUUCAACUGACACAGAAGAUCCACAGGAAACUGUUUCUGACACCGGGACUGAGACGGUUACCAAUAACCCCGACCCAGGUACCUCUACCACCACCACCACCACCUCCACCACUACCACGGUUGCACCAGCCAAAGGUUCCAGUGUAGUGUGCAGAUUGUGCCGACGGUUGUACUGUGUUGUCUACCCGGCAUAUUGUUAUAUUUGCAAUCGACCAUGUGGUGUGUAAAAAGAAGCCAAUCUCACAAGGGAAUUCUUUCGCGAUCCCAAGCUUUAAAAAACCGCUCAGGAUUACGCCUAUUUUCGAUUUCAUUUAUUGGGUUUCUUAUUUAUUGAGAGAGUCUACCCCAAAUACCUUGUGGUGAAUGGUAAGCUCUGGAUGACAUCUGCACCUAUUUUCAUCUUCUAUUGGAAUACACUAAAGGCUUUGACAAAAUCAAAAU